CGAUUGGUAACAACACAAACGGGACGUCGAUAUAGCGCCCUCCUCCUCACGUUUGUCGCAUAAAAUGAAAAGACCGUAUACCGGUGAUCGCUAAUUCCCUAAUUUUUAUCAAAUCAAUUACCGAUUUGUGACUCGCGAUAGUGCAAAAUGUAGCCAAUUUUAAGUUAUCCAGUGAAAAACAACAGGUGAAAAGACAGGUGAACUUUCAGGAAACAAUUAAAGUGAACAUGCUCUUUAAAAAUGCAAAGUGAACGAGAGAACAGUGCGAUGAACAAGCUACGACUGUUAGGUGGAGGUGAAGCGUGCGGCGCGAGAUGGACUCUUGGAGCGCUCCUUCUCGCCCCACUGGCCGCUGCUAACUCCAGCUAUUGUGCUGUUCCUGCUGUGUUUUUGCUGUUUAUUCUCGUGACUUCAGCAACAUAUACAGCUAAAGAUCUAGGGAAGUUAUCAGAACUGUUACCGCCCGCAAGAACAGCUAGAGGUCGACGCGAAAGAAACCUACGUUCAUUCAGUGAAUUCAUGGUAAUGUGGAUGACUUUCCUCGCGCAUUUGGUUGCUGUUGCCAUAUGUGCAAGAAUCCUCAGUGCUACAGCUGAUCAUGUAACUGGAGGGAGGACAAGGAGAUGGCUUUUUGGUUACGAGACACGGGCUUUGGGGGAACCUUGGCCUGAUGUAUUGGGAGUUACGGUGGUGAUGGUCGUUUGUGCGAUGUUCAUGUGCGGACUCGAGGAAAGUAUGAUGUUUACAUUUAUGUUGCUGGUUAUUUUGUACAUAUUCAGCCAGUGUUUCGCUAUAUUUGGCUUGAUGAAUUUGAACAUCGAAAACAUAAAAAUAUCAUUUCCGAUUUCUACUUACGAGAUAUUCACGGCAGGAGCGCCCUUAUCCUAUGCAUUCUGUGCUGUUUUACCGCCCAAGGAUAUUGUUACUUUCAAAAAGAAAAUGAUGCUCAUCAUCUUUAUACCCACUCCUGUGUUCUGCUGUUUAUGUUUUCUUUACUCAAACAUGUUAGACGGAACUACCAUUGACGCUGCAUUGCCUGUGACUACUCUUUUAGAAGCUAGAACAGACGAAUGGGUUUAUCCAAUAUUCUCUGCUAUUACAGUCGCCGGGAUAUGUCUCGCAUUGACAGAGUUGUGUCCAAUACUCUUCUCUAUACUUGUAGCAUUAGCUUCUCCGGAAUGGAAAGUAUUAACACGAUCUAUGACGUACGAGAGUGCCACUACUGGUAGUCCAGUGUUGGCUGUUUUUACUGCAGGAAGCCUUGCAGCAAUCCUGGCCUUUGCAUGUCCUUUAUCCCACAUGAUAACUUUAAUGAAUGCAAGUCAUUUGCUUAGCAUUUCGAUAGAAGCAUUUAAUUUCAUCAUCUUGCGAUGUGUGCCGACAGCUGAACAAAUGGAAUCUGGAGAUGUGGAAUAUAAGCGUCUUGGCAAUGACAAAACGCGUGCUAAAUCGUCUGAGAAGAAGGCUAAACGGGGUUUAUGGUUUAUUCCAUCGGCGCUUCGUCAUACAAAAACUUUGGAAAGUAUUAAAUCUAAAGUCAAUAAAGAGACAGAAGAUCGUGAAUGUCUCCUUCUUGAUGAGUAUGCAAAUUGUCCGACAGAAGAAAUAGAUCAAGUGACGAGUGGCAGCAGUGGAACCAGAGUUUUGACAUUAGCUCAAGAAGAAGAUGUACAAUCCGAUAUUGACGUUAGUGAAGCGGAAAUAUCGUCGGGGGAUGAUUCCACUGAUAUCGAUGCAGUGGUCAAAGAAUAUAGAGACAGAAUUCAGGUGGUGACCGCGAUCCCAGUAGCCAGCCUGCCCACCCCCCCAAGUUUGAGCGGUGCUCGCUGGUCGGCAGUAGGGGCAAUGGUGCAGAUUUUCGCCGACGCUUUCAUUGCUUACGGCUUCUGCAAUGAGGAUUUACGAGUACCAAUGUUUGCGACUGGAAUACCAUUCUGGUUAUGCGGAACAUUCCUCAGCACAUGGCAACCGGCACACAACAUCGACUCGAGAAAAUUUGAGAAGAUGCAGGGUCCAUUGACGUUAAUGAUAUCUGCCUUGCUACUCACACCACUUCUCGUCAGCUCUUGGCCUGCGAUCAUACUCUUUGCCGGUGCUGGAGUAGUAAUUUACGCCCGCUGCGAACGUUGGUGCGGAGACCUGGCAGUGCAGCAAGCUAGGAGCACACUGGAGAAGCGCAAGCUGCGACACGUAGCUUCGGCCACGCCUCUCACCAACGCCCGCCUUACUCACAUCGACACCGUGUAUAUAGCCAGAUGACAAGAGGAUGACUCGGAUUCGAGUCUGGACAAUCUGAUAGACGAAGAGGAAAACAUAGAUCCUGACGAAUGACGCGUAGCGAAUGCGGUAAUAAUCAUUGCCGAAUAAAUAGGAUAGCACCUAUAAUACUGACCUUUCCAUAUUUGACGAUAUUCUACCCUCAUUAUACCGAACAACAUUGCGAUAAAAUGGUAUAAAAUAAAUAUAGCACAUUAGUGCAUGACGUAUGGUACCCUUGACAAACUAGUCAACAGAUUAGCAUUCAAAGCCGAAGCUUUACGCCAUGUCCUAAUUAACUUAAUUAAAUCACGCUUUGGCAAAUUAGAAACUUGGGUAAGUGUCGCAUUACUUUAUAGUACACGUGACAAAAAUCAUUCCCUAAUAAAAAGGAUUUGCUGUGUAUUGCUUGAUAUUUGUCGUUACGUCACGCGUUAGUUGCUAUAAAUACUCAUUUUUAAUACGAAUAUAUAACUACAAAAUUACUUCAAACGAAAUUUUAAUUGACUCUAUGGUCUAUAGUUGUACCUAGAUCGUAGUUUAUAGGACUGCAUUUUGACUGCAUUUGAACUUUUACAUAGGUACAAAAAAAAUAUAAAAAGUUCUAUUGCAAAGGAUAGAUAUAGUAGGUAUAUUCCGCGUGGUUAUUUUAUGAUUGUGACAAUGAUAAGUUCAAAUGCAAUCAGCAUAUAAAUCAUAAAUGUACUUAAUCGUAAAGAUUUAAAAAUAUCACUUAUUUAAAUGUAACAAGUUCAUUAAAAUGAUUGUCAAUUGGAUGUACCUAAAUAUUCAUUACUUAAGACAAAUAAUAAUGUAAAACUUUAUUAGCUCAUACUCGUAGCUCAUAGCUUCAUAUCACUGUUGAAGGAACGCUUGCAAAAGUAAAGUGAAAAGAGUGGUUCUUAAUCUUAAAUUAUAGGUAGGUAUACCUACGUAUAAUUUUCUCAAGGCAGAAAAGCAUACCUAAUAGGUACCUACCUACCACGCUGCCUAUCUAAGUUCAUCAACAUAAUAUUUUAUCCGUCCAUGACAAAAGCCUUUGAUUAAUCCUACCUAUUAAAAAAUUUUAUUAAAAAAAAUUCAACCGACUUCCAACUCAAAAAAUAACUUUAACUAAAAAGCAAAAAAUAACAUCCUACCUAUGUGCUACCUUCUGAUCAGUUUGAAGGCGGUGCCAAGUCAUGAAAAAAAUGACAUGACAAAAAUGGGACCACCCUGGAAGUAAACCCUACAAAACAAAAAAAGAAUUUUCAAAAUCGGUCCAUAAUUGACAAAAUUAUCGCUGGACAUACAUAAAAAAAAAAAAAAAAACAUACAUACAGCCGAACGUAGAACCUCCUCCUUUUUGGAAGUCGGUUAAAAAGUCUUCAAACAUGUUUUUUUCUUAAUUUUAUUUUUGAAAUAGAAUUAUUUAUUUUAACGUUGACGUUGUAAUAUUUAAGUAUUUUUGUCAUCGAUGUAGAUAUAUUUUUGUGCAUACACUUCAUGCCAAUUAUCUUCACGUGAAGAGAGGGUGAGAAUAAUGGAGUCGGAGUGGUCUACUUAUUGCGAUGAAUAAUGUCUAUCAGCCUUUCCAUCACUUGUACCUAAUGAUCUAAGACUAAGAGCCUGUGAUAGUCAGAUCUUCUCUUUGAAAUCAAGAUCUUUUGUUUGAAAUCUUUACCCUGCAUUUGGGGCCAUGUAUCAACCCCUCCCAGGCACGCUACGCCACUGCAACCAUGGAAUUUGGAUCAUAGUGGCUUUAGGAGAAAACAGUUAAUAACCAAGUCCAAGCCUCAAGGCUUAAAUCAUCAAAAUAUAAAGGGUAUUUUUUACGUGAAAGUGUACUAAACUAUGUCAUAUGAGGGUAACCACGAAACAUAAGUGUCUGGCGAGGAGGAUAUGAUUUUUAAUAUUAUGAGAGAGAAAAUUUUCAAACAUUAUACUUUUUAUUUGGACCUUUAAGGUCGUUUGUUACCUGCUACCUCCCGCAGUCCCAGGGCCAAGAUCCAAAAUUAUGGUUCUUACCUAAGGAAAGAGUGUCGUGCAGACAAACUCACAGCUUUUAUAAAAUUACAAAGAUCUGACUACUAUGCUCUCGCCCGAUAUGAAAUUAAUAGGGUAGUUGACUCGUAUCAAAUUUAAUAUAAACAAUAUUAAUUUCGUGUAGUACUAUAUGGAAUAAGGGUUCGAAAUAUACCUAUCAAUAUCAAAUUAAUAAAAGUUAAGCAUUCAAAUAUCAUAUAUUUUUAAAAUUUUCCAAACGUCAAAAACGCUGUCGUUCAUUUUUUGACGUCACAAACGCACUUUACGUACUAAACUUCAAAAUUAUUGUUAACCAAUAUUUUUGUCAAACGCUCCGUUUGUAAGGAAUUUAUUAUAGUGACGUCAUGAAACAGUUGAAAUAUAGACCGUCAUGGCCGACAGGCGUUUUGGCUCGUAUAGUCAAAAACAUAUUUAAAAACUAAAAUUUUCAUGUAAUCACGUCUCGAAAAAAUAUUUUUUUUUUUUUCAAUCUAGUUUAAAAAAGUGUUAACUAGCCUAUCAAUAUAAUUUAUUGCCAUAUUUCAUUAGUCUGGGUGAUCAAAGUCACUCCCAUUGCCAUAAUUAGUAUGAAAUCUAGACUUAUGGUGUAAUAGAACAUCUAUUUUACCGCAUGCAUUAAAAUGUAUCCGUCAAUAGUGUAGAUAUUAAUUAAACUGGACAGCCAUUGUUAUUACGCCUUUUGAAUUGCACAUAAAGUAAUUUGGAAAAAAUAAUAUUCAUUUUGACAAAAAUAUAGUAAAUCAAUAGUAAAAUAUUUUUGUAUAAUGUAUUUUGUUUUGGUAAUAUUAUUUGUAGAUAUUGUUCAAGUGUGGUAAACGCUUAUGGCCUAAAUAUUAUUAUAAAGUUAAGCAAAAAACGGCAUAAACAAUAACUGUAAGUUUGUGUAACGUUACCAUUGUAUUAAUUGAUUAUGAAACACGGCUAAAACUCACGUGAUAUUACGUCGGAGUAUGCCCGACUAGUUUCGAACCCAUACGGGGCCCUUAGUCAUGAGCUGGUUCUUGCAUCGCGGCACGAUCAAUUCUAAAAUUCUAAAAUAGUUACCAUUGUAGUUGAAGUUCAUGAAUUUCUCUAUAACAAAUAAUAAUUUAUAAUGUAAAUAUGUUAUUUGCCGAUUACAGCCUACAUUGUAUAUUGUAAUUUAUCGGAUCUGCAAUAAAAAACUGCUAAAUGUCACAA